ACCUGGUCCAGUUUGUGUUCUGGACUCUGAUUGGUGUGCGUGAGCUCCUGGAUCCCUGUGGGAUUAGAACCAGGUCCGCGUCUCCUCCCAGAUUAGAACCAGACUACAGGCUUCUCUGAAGACGACGCUGCUGAACAGGAGGUUUUAGGGCUCCUGAUGGCUUCACCCUGCAGCUCCAUGCUGCUGCUGCAGCUCCUCAGCUGCAUAUCAGCCGGUCUGGCCUGUUUCUGUGACCGCUACCCCUGGACCUCCUGGUCCAUCUGCACCAGAACCUGCAACCACGGCACUCAGAGCAGGACCAGGAUCGUUCGUUAUGAAGACUACUACUGGCAGAACAGCUGUCAGCAGCUGUGUGACCACCAGGACACCAGAGCCUGUAACCAGCAGGCGUGUCCCAUAAACUGUCUGCUGUCAGACUUCAGCUCGUGGUCUGACUGCUCACCCUGCGCCAAGAAGCAGUUUCGGACCCGGUCUGUCGUGAUCCCGUCCCAGUUUGGGGGCUCGAGCUGCAGCGGGGAGCUAACAGAGGAUCGUCCCUGUUAUCCAUCUAAACUUUGCCAAUUGCCACCAGUCGACUGCAGAGGCGACUUUAAGUGCGACAACGGACGCUGCAUCAACUCCACGCUAACGUGCAACCGACAGAACGACUGUGGAGAUAACUCUGAUGAGAGGGACUGUGGUAGCUUCUCUAUCGUCUGUCCUGCAGACAAACGAGUGGCCCCCGGGGCCGACCUGGUGGGAAACGGGUUUGACGCUCUGGCAGAAGAGCCGCGGGGGGCCGUGCUGGACAACAUGUUCAUGGGAGGAAGCUGCAUCAUCAGGAGACCUGAGAGCACGUUGCUCUACCAUCGAGUUCCUCACAACUUCAAGAGCCUGGACAUAAAGGUUGGAGUGGUGGAGGACUUCGGCUCUGAACCACAGCCUCUGAUCUCAGAGCACAUCACCCUGAAGAGGUCCACUUCAUCUACUCAAGGCAGCAAACCAGAUGGUGGCUUUCUUUUUCUCCUGCUGUUUUUCCACGGGUCUUCCCAGUCCGGAGUCUCCUCCAACUCUGCUGCGUUUGAAGCUUCCAAGAAAAAGGACUCGAAGUUUUUCCGAGUGCAUCAACUUCUUCCCGUGUCGACUUUCACGGUGAAGGAUCCUCAGGAUCUCGUCCUCUCGCUGCCUUUCCUCCAGUUCCUCCAUGCGCUUCCACUCGAUUACAACUACGCCCUCUACAGGGAGAUUUUCCAGCGCUUUGGCACACACUAUUACAGUUCAGGCCAGCUGGGUGGGAACUAUGACCUGCUUUACCAGUACAGCAGGCAGGAGCUCACCACUGCUGGAGAAACGGAUGAAAACACUCAAGGUUGCCUGAGCAAAGAGACCUUCUUCACUGUCCUCCUCUACAGCCAAUACAGCAGCGCCACCCGCUGCACCAAUACCAGAGUCACGGAGAAAUAUCAAGGCUCGUACAUCCAGGCGUCGGAGAAGUCUUUCUCCAUGGUGAGAGGAGGUCGAGCCAGAGAGGCGGCAGCUCUGGCCUGGGAGAGAGAAGGCUCUGCUCCGGACAAAACGGCCUUCAAGGACUGGGCCAAGUCUGUGCUGGAGAACCCGGCUGUCGUGGAUUACAAGCUGCUUCCCAUCACGGAUUUAGUCCGGGGGAUUCCCUGCGCCGUGACGAAGAGGAGACACCUGAGGAAGGCCCUGCUGCAGUACCUGGAGGAGUUUGAUACCUGCAAGUGUGCUCCGUGUCCAAACAACGCCAGGCCCGUUCUGUCUGGCACCGAGUGCAAGUGCGUUUGUCAGACCGGCACCUUUGGUACCAACUGUGAGAACCGGGCCCCGGACUUCACAUCAGAGGAAGUGGAUGGUUACUGGAGCUGCUGGGGGCCAUGGAGUCGCUGUGGGGGCUCCAUGAGGAGACAUCGAACCAGACGAUGUGACAAUCCGCCCCCCCUCAAAGGAGGCCGGGCUUGUGACGGCCCAGACAGGCUGGAGGAAUCGUGUCACGUCUCCCUGUUUGAAAAACAGGACUCCUGCGACAACGACGAUGAUUUUACGAUCGGCUGGAGAGACGAGCUUCCACCUGGAGUUCAGGGCUGUCUGAGGCCUCAGAGGCUGGCCAACAGCUUCCUCAGG